AUGUUACACAAGUUUAAUGAAAAAUGUGAAAAAUGUGAUUGUAUUGGUCCUCAUUUAUGGUUAUGUUUAAGAGAAGGUUGUUUAUUUGUUGGAUGUGGUUCGGGAAAAGAAAAAAAUGAUCAUAGUACUGAUCAUGAAAAAGAAAAAGCACAUCCACUUCAAUUUAAUUUAACAACAAAACGUAUUUGGUGUUAUGUUUGUAAUCAAGAAGUUCGUUUAAAUAAUGAUCCACAAUUUGAAUUAUUAUUUCUUGAUUGUUCAAUAUUGCAAUCAAAAUCUUCUAAAUUAAUAAAUAAUAUUAAUCAAUCAAUAAAUAAUUCCGUCCAAGUAAAUGUUGUUAAUUUAAUUCAAGAAAAUUCUUUAAAUAAAUCAAAUAUUCGUCGAAAUCAAUAUGAAAAAUGUUUUGAACCAACACUUUUUGAACUUGAACAUUCAGAUACAACAGAUAUUACUCGAGGUAUAUCGGGUUUAUAUAAUUUAGGUAACACAUGUUAUAUGAAUUCAGCUUUACAAGCACUUUCAAAUUGUGUUCCAUUAACAAGUUAUUUUCUUGAUUGUAUUCCAUUUAUUGGAACAAAUUCCUAUCGUCGUAUAAAUGGAGAUUUAUCAA